AUGUUCGCAGUAACAGUUUAUUUUAGCUUUGUUUUAAACUUUCAUACUGCGCUAUCGUGCUGGAGUGAGGGCAGUUACUACAAGUGGGAACUACCAUUAGCGACGCAGUUCCCUCAUGCAGCUCAAUAUGCCGGAGGACACCGUCUAGACGUCUCCAAAGAGAAAGAUCAUUUGAAAAGACAAAUAAUGGUUGCCUGGGAUGGUUGGACCCCUUCGCCAGAAGUUCAAGCGAAGUGGAAGGCAUGGAGGGAUGCGUUUCUUAAAAGGCCUAAUCACGACGCUCCCAAUAAACACAAUAAAGAAAGGUUAAAGAGAGAGCACGUUCCUGAAAAAGGCUGGCCUGACUUACCUAGCUGGAGAGGUAUGGGCGAGGGUAAUGAGGGAGUUCCGGUUCCACCAUGGGCUUACGUGCCCAAGCAUGACGGCCAGGAAACUCUCUGCCAAUAUGCACCUAGAAAAGGCACAUGCAAGGAAUGGAUUAGAACGUGGGGUUACAACAAAUUCAUUGGAGAUUGCGAGAUCUACUAUUAUACAGGCUGCGGUGGCAAUAGGAACGCUUUCAAGUAUUAUGUGCAUUGUGCAGCGAAGUGUAUGGUCGCACCGACCGGCAGUUGUGAAGAUGACUCUGGUAUUCCAAAAGACUACUCACCAAUUUACGACGCCUAAAAAA